AGCAGGCAUUAGCAUUAGCAUUAGCAAGUAUCCAGCAAAGCACCUGCCCUUGGGACACAGAUUCAAGAACUAAAAAAAAAAAGAUGUCACUGGUUCCUGACUUGAAUUCCAUCCCCAUGGAGAGCUGCAGUGGGGACCAUGAAAUGUUUUACAGUGAUAGCCCAUCAGGAAUGAAGAACUACAUGGAAGAUGAUUCUCAGUGGCAAUCAAACCCCAGCCAUUGCUCCCCAUACAAACUAGAUGUUCAUGUGCAGAUCACACAUGGAAAAGGCUCAUUACUCUCCUUCAGAAAAGCCAUCAUCCUUGUGGUUGCUGUGGAAAAACUGAAAAGGGGAACAAAAACAUUUUUCGGGGAUGAGGAUUUAUUGGGCCUUCUGGAUAGCAUUUUUGUGGAAGAGGAAAUUGCUUUCAGCCAAGCCACAGAAACGUUUGCCUCCACUUCCAGGUACCGCUAUCAGAGGGCCGCCACUUGCAGGAUUAAGGAUGCUUCAAACAAGUGCUUUGUCAUGCAGUCGUUCCAUGGGAAUGCCCAGCUGGUGGCUUUGCAGUUACAAGGGUCUAACAUUGAAAGAGAGGAGAAAGUAAGCAUGACUUUUUAUACCUCCACGCCACUUCCAGGUGGAAACAAAAGGCCCGUUGCUUUGGGACUCUCUAAAAGCAAUCUGUAUCUGUCCUGCAUUGCAACAGGAGAUGAUCAAGAGUCUCCAAAGAUUUACUUGGAGAAAAUAAGCAACAUCAAAGACCUGAAGGGCGAGGACUUAAACCGUUUCAUCUUCAUGAAGUCUCGGAAUGGCCUCAAAGCAACCUCCACCCACAGCUUUGAAUCGGCUGCAUUUCCAGGCUGGUACAUCAGCACUUCCCAAAGGGAAAAUGAGCUGGUGCAGAUAGUUCAUCAGAAGAACCAGGAAGACAUCAAAGAUUUUAAUAUUUUCCCAACUGCCUGAUUGUUCGUGUGCCAUCCAACCAACUGCGUGUAUGUACUAAGUACAAAGCAGACCAAUGCGUGAUGGAAGAUAUCCACCUCCGGAGAAGGAGAAAUCUUCCUCCUGAGUUUUAUAAAGCAGAAAAUAGAGGGAAAUGGUUCAGAAAUCUCAUCACAGCAUUUGCUUAAUCACAUUGUACUUUUUUGACUUUCAUAAAGUCAGAGACUUUCUUACUGAGAGUAUACAACUACUUUUAGAAGUUUAUUUAUUGAUAUUCUGGUCGGGACACUGGUAUACUGCUGAUAUAAUGAGCAAAUACGUACUUAUUUUAUAUUAUAUCUUUAUAUGUGAACUGUUAUUUAUACUAUUUAUGUAUGAUAAAUCAUAUUUAUUAUAUCAGUGUGAAAUAAUAUUUGAUAUUUCUAUACACAGUAGUGUUUUGAUUUGUGUUU